GUUUGGUGACACCUAGAGCUCCACGGAUUGUGCAGAGUUGUGGCCAAGAAAGGCAGCGGGCUUGACGUUAUGGGUAUAAGCGAGAGUAUUGCCCAUAGCCUUGGAAUAAAUGUGCCCCAAGUAGGUUGUUACCGAAAUGUCCAUUCUACUAACCAUAUUCAGGUGUAUUUUGUCUUGUGUCAGUUUAUUGCCAUACUAUGUGGAUUGGGCCUACGUACUUGGGUUCCGCCAUGUCCGAACAAUACCAAAAAACGACAUCUACUGGAACUGUCUGUGGGAAUACUGAUCCUUUAUGUGGGCUAUGGACCGAGUAUUUUGCACCUAUUCGCGCAAGCGGUCCCGGCCUACCUGAUGCUCGUGUUCAUGCCUCUUUCAGUAGCCCAGUAUGGAAUCCUCCUAUUUUCAAUGAUCUAUCUGUCAGCUGUUCACAUAUAUCAGCUGUUUGUCGAGGAUGCUAAUUCUGCGGAUAUCAUUGCGCCCUUGAUGGUGCAAACGCAAAAGCUAUCCUCGCUGGCAUUCAAUAUAAAUGACGGUGUCAAAAUGUCCUUGGGACUUCCUGUAUUGCGUGAAUAUCAUAAGCUCAGUGCGCUCGAUCGCAGACCUCGACUCUUACAACUUGGUGGCUACUUGUUUUGUUUCCACAACUGUAUGGUUGGGCCAUCCAUGUUUUUCGCCGACUACGUACGCUUUAUUGAAGGUCGUGAAUCGGAACGGCUGACAGACCCGGUACUUCAACAACGUUUUCUGGAGCAUAAGGAUGAAAUCCGGCUGUCCAGGAGUGAAGUCUGGAAACAGGUGAAAUUGCUGGUGAUCCACACGCUGCUCACAGUCUGGGCGUUUUCUAAUUUCAAGGCCGAAAAUUUCAUCAGUGAAGAAUUUGUCCGGAGAAACUUCUUCCAAAAAUACAUUUUCCUCUCCAUCGCAUGCUUUGCAUUCCGACAAAAAUUCUACUUUGCGUGGACUUUAAGUUGUGUGGCAAAUCUUGCGGCGGGAUUCGGUUUUUCCGGAUUUGACUCGCAAGGCUUUCCUGAGUAUGGGUUUGCGACAAACAUUCAUUUCCUUCCCAUCGAGCUGGGGACGAGUACCAAGACUAUAUUGGACUCGUGGAACACCGCGACCACUCGCUGGCUCCGUGAAUGUAUCUACGAUCGCGUGCCGAAAUCUUACGCCGUCUGGUCAGUGUUUGUCGCGUCCGCUGUCUGGCAUGGAUUUCAUCCGGGGUAUUAUCUUGCCUUUGUUUCGGCUGCGUUAAUCACCGUAGCUGGUCGAAUUUGUCGGCGGUACUUGCGACCCUACUUCCUCGGAUCCGCUGCCACUCGCUUUUCGUACGACAUCAUCACUCACUUGGGUGCAAUGUUCUGCCUUAAUUACUUGGGAAUCGCGUUCUUGUUGAAGUCGACCAAUAAAGUAUUGUACUUUUGGCGUCAAAUGCGGUUCUUGGGUCACAUAGUACCGCUGCUGCUUAUUUUCAUUCUUCCGGUGAUUUGUGGUCAACCAGUUGAUGCCAUCAAACUAAAUAGCCCGGAACAAACUCCAUUCCAAGAGCCAGGGUCCACCGAUGUGGAAACGAAUGCCAAGCGAAGGUGUUAACUGCUCGUUCCAUCUACGCAACUUUCCUCUGCUAUACCAAAACACAACGGGGCAACCUCCUGAAUUCCUGUUGGAAUUCAACUCGCUGACUCUCAGAAUUAACUUCUGAUGCAUCUGAAUACACCGUCGUACAUCCAUUUACAUCUCACACUGUUGCUUAUCGUCGCGAUUGAGUUGUUCGACCCAUGAGUUCGUUCGCUUCCAUGGCAGUUUUCCAUCAACUUUUUUUGGUGGUAUCCGUUUAUCUCUUAUCCACUGUUUUCCCGUUUUAGCGGUCCUCUUUUCUGGACGCUAGUAACACCGGUUGUCACUCAGGGUUAUGACAUUCUGUUAGUUGGCGUUGUUAUAACUUUCUGCAUCGUUGGACUCUCAUACACGCAUUGCAGUCCGAGAACUUACAUGCCAU